AUGGCCAGCGGCAGAGACUCGGACAGCGAGGAGCCGCCGGUGCCCCAGGAGGAGGAGGAGGAGGAGGCGGGCCCGGACGUGAAGGCCGUGCAGGCCCAUUACCUGCGCAGCCCCUCGCCCAGCCGGUAUUCAGUGAUAUCAGACACUGACACAGAGAGCAUCUUCAUGGAGCCAAUCCAUCUGUCAUCUGCUGUGGCUGCCAAACAAAUCAUCAGUGAAGAGCUGAAGACAAAGGAUGUCAGGGUGGACUCGGUGUGUCCCAGGAUGCUGGAGUCUGCGCAGCAGCUGAUGGUGGAAGACCUGUACAACCGAGUUAAGGAGAAGAUUGAUGACACCAGCUUGUUUAACACGCCGUGUGUGAUGGACUUGCAGAGGGCACUCAUGAAGGACAGGCUGGAGACCCCCAGGGACGCUGUGGAUGAAGUCUGGCCUAAUGUCUUCAUAGCAGAAAAAAGCGUUGCAGUGAACAAAAGCCGUUUGAAGAGACUGGGGAUCACCCAUGUCCUGAAUGCAGCUCAUGGCACAGGUGUCUACAUGGGAGCAAGUUUCUACAAUGGUCUCAAUAUCCAGUACCUGGGCAUUGAAGUGGAUGAUUUUCCAGAUGCAGAUAUCUCCAAACACUUCCGCCCAGCUGCAGAGUUCCUUGACGAAGCCCUGCUGACUUACAGAGGCAGAAUCCUUGUCAGCAGUGAGAUGGGGAUGAGCCGCUCAGCUGUGCUGGUGGCUGCCUACCUGAUGAUCUACCACCACAUGACUGUUCUGGAGGCUCUGAUGACCCUGAGGAAGAAGCGUGCCAUCUACCCCAACGACGGCUUCCUGAAGCAGCUGCGGGAGCUCAACGAGCAGCUCUUGGAGGAGAGAGAGCUGGAGCCUUCUGGAGAUGAGGACGUGACUCCAAGCCAAAGUCCUCUUCCCUGUGCAGGGACUUCUUCACGGCUCUCUGGAGCUGGGGACUCAGGGAGCACCAAGGGAGCCAAAGCCCACUCCAUCACAGUAGAAGAAGAGGACACCAGCAGCAUUCUGGGUAGUUUUAUGAGCUCUUCAUCAGUGGAAAAAACUAGCUGGGUUUCCAGACACUCCACCCUGAUCACUGAGGAGGAGGAGGAACAAUUGUAUGAGGAAUGGAGGAAGAAACAAGGCCUGUCUGUAAAGGAAGCAGGAGUUCACUGUGAAAGAAGAACAUCUCCAAAGCAUCUGGAUCAGGAAGAGGAACAAUCUGAUGAGGAUGUGGAACGGAGGAUCCACGAUUGGCAGCGCAGAAAUGAGAAAUACCAGAUGGCAGGUACAGCCAGGGAGGAGGAUGGUGAAUGCAGCAUGGGAGGAAGACCUUACCCAUCAGGUGAAUUCAGUGAUGUUGAGAGCGUGAGCAGUUUUGAGAUCCGAACCCUAAAGAAGCAGCUGGAAGCCAGUAGCUUUAGCAGGAUGAGGAGGAGCCGCACAGACUCUGUGUCUUCUGAGAGCACCUGGGACAUGUGGAAUCAGAGGCUUCUGGAGAUUGAGAAAGAAGCUGCUCAGAGGUAUCAUUCUAGGAAUAAGACCUGUGGGGAAAGACAGUCCCCAGAAACAGGAAGAAAGGAGAGGGAUGUGGAUGAGGAGAGUGUGCUUUCAGACUCCUCCUGUAGCUCCUUCUACAAUUUCUGCCAAAAGAACAAGGACAAGUUGACUCCUCUAGAAAGAUGGAAGGUCAAGAGGAUCCAGUUUGGCUUUCACAAGAAGGAUUUAGAACCAUCAUCUGCACCAUCUCCAGCAGAGGAUGGCAGCCAGGCAGGUCAGGAGGAAACAGAAGGGAAGAGUUUGUCAGAUAUUGAUCUGACUGCUUACCAGGCUUGGAAAAUGAAGCGGCAGAAGAAGGUGGGCAGUGAAAGCAGCAAGGAGGAAUUUGUGGAAUUUGCCAAAACUGAGGAUUCUGCUUCAGCUAAAAAGAGGCAGAGGCGUGUAGAGCUCCUUGAACGUUCAAAGAAAAUUUUAGAAGAAAGCCAGUCCAUGUGCAGCUGGGAGACAGAGAGUACAAUGAGUGGGAGUAUUCCCCUGUCAGCUUUCUGGUCUUCAGCGCCUUCUGCAAGCGGUGCCGACGACGCAGCUUCUGCCCUGAGCAUGCAGACAAAUCAUUCAUCUUUGUCACAGGCCAGGAGCUGUACUGGAGCGACGCAGAUGCCAAAUAUACCCCUUCCCAAUCUCCCAGUUGGCCCAGGUGACACAAUAUCCAUGGCAAGCAUUCAGAACUGGAUCGCUAACGUGGUCAGUGAAACCAUUGCUCAAAAGCAGAAUGAGAUCCUGAUGCUGUCCCGUCCAUCGUCCGCCAUGGCCUCCCUGUCAGGAGACUUUGGCAGGCGAGCAGAUGAUGACAAAGUUUCUCUUCUCAGUGCUCAGGGUGGCUCAUCCCUGGCUGCCUCUCAGCUCCACCAGCAGGACCUGCGCAGGGCUGAGUCUCAGUCUGUGCUGUCCUGCAACACCUCUGCGAGCGCAAGGACAGAAGGGACUGCUUCAAACAUGAAGAUGACCCAGACAAGCAAACCACUGUACAGCCUCUUUGCUGAUGAUGUUGACCUAAAGAAACUCAGGAGGAAGGAGAAAGAGAUGCAAAUGGAAAUGAGAGAAAAAAUGUCAGACUAUCAAAUUGAAAAGGUGAUUAGAGACAAUAAACGCAGCACUUUAUUUAAAAAAAAGGUGACCAAAGCAGAGGAAGAUGAAACAGAAGAUGACAGAGAGUGUACAACAAACAGCCACAGGCGUCCCUUGCAAGCAGAUUUUGACAGAACUGAUGCAGUCUUUGAUCUGUCCAGUCAACCUGCAGCCUCAGGUGCACCAAAGUCAGAGGUAGAUACUGAUAUUACCAAGUGGCUCAAUGGCCUGAAAGCAGAAAGAGAACCACCGUCAUAUUACGAUCAGACGGAGAAAGCUAGAGAGAAAUAUAGAUCAUCCAGAGUUAGACAGAUGGAUUCUGAGACAUCCAGUUACAGAUUCUGCAGUUCCCAAAGAAAAGAGCUAGAUAGCUGUUCUUCCUAUGAGUCAACAGGAGAUUCACUGAGAACCAUGUCAAGAUUUUCCUCUGCUUCUGCAAAAGAGGACAAAAAGAUGUACAAGUUCACGAGGUCCAGGGUCAGUGAGACAAGUUCCAGAGGAAGCAGCCCAGAUCUGCAUGUUUUCAGCCAGUCACCUGAACCACCCUUUGACUCUGAAUCCCCUGAACCAUCCACACAGAGCCGAGUUAGAGCUCAUCACGUGGAGGCAUGUGAAGAGGAGGCCAGGUCAGACAUGUCAGAGUGUGGAGCAAAGAGAAAGUUCACCCAAAGCUUUUCAAAGUCUGAAGAGGAUGGAAAGAAGGAGGCAAAGGUGGAGCAAAGUGAAGAAAGGUUUGCAUCUAGGCAGGUGUCUCAGUACAGGCGAAGCACACGUAAAGAAGCGGAAGAAGAGAUGGAUGAUGAUGCCAUUAUUGCUGCUUGGAGAAGCCGACUAGAAGAAACUACAGCAAAGCUCCAGCGGAGAAGGGAAGAGUGA